AUGGAAAGGGAGAGGCAGCACCGGGCGAGGGAGGAGGUGAGAUAGAAAGGAAGGCUGAGUCGAACAGGGAGGAGGAGGACCGAGGGAAGAAGAGCAGGCAGGGUGAGGGAGGAGGCGGAGGGAGUGCACGCGGCGAGCGCGCGGCUGGGUUCGCUGGAUGAGAGCGAAGAGGGGGUGUGCAUCGGCACCAACAGGGACCCGGGGCCGGCGAGACCGAUCGCAGCUCUGGGAGAUAGAACGAGAGCAGGGCGCCGGCCCAGGCAGGCGGAGGAGUGCGCUUCAAACGGGCACUGGGGUGCGCGGUCCUAGCCCCUGCAUCUCGGGAGCUAGAUCUCCCGUGCUGGGGACAGCCAGGCUGGAAGUCCCAGGAGGAGGGAAGGGAAGAACUAGGGGGCUGGGAGCUGGGAAAGGGUCGCUCCGAGGCCUCUUGGAUGGGGGGUGCGGCUCGCCUGAGCGCCCCUCAAGCGCUGGUACUCUGGGCCGCACUGGGAGCGGCAGCUCACAUCGGACCUGCACCUGAUCCCGAGGACUGGUGGAGCUACAAGGAGAAUCUCCAGGGAAACUUCGUGCCAGGGCCUCCCUUCUGGGGCCUGGUGAACGCUGCCUGGAGCCUAUGCGCUGUGGGAAAGCGGCAGAGCCCCGUGGAUGUGGAGCUGAAGCGGGUUCUUUACGACCCUUUUCUGCCCCCACUCAGGCUCAGCACCGGGGGAGAAAAGCUCCGGGGAACCUUGUACAACACUGGCCGCCACGUCUCCUUCCUACCUGCAUCCCGCCCUGUGGUCAACGUGUCUGGGGGUCCUCUUCUUUAUAGCCACCGACUCAGUGAACUUCGGCUGCUGUUUGGAUCUCGAGAUGGGGCUGGCUCUGAACACCAGAUCAACCACCAGGGCUUCUCUGCUGAGGUGCAGCUAAUCCACUUCAACCAAGAACUCUACGGGAAUCUCAGUGCCGCCUCAAGGGGCCCCAAUGGCCUGGCUAUUCUCAGCCUCUUUGUCAAUGUGGCUGGCAGCUCCAACCCAUUCCUCAGUCGCCUCCUCAACCGGGACACCAUCACCCGAAUCUCCUACAAGAAUGAUGCCUACUUUCUUCAAGACCUGAGCCUGGAGCUCCUGUUUCCAGACUCCUUUGGCUUCAUCACCUAUCAGGGCUCUCUCAGCACCCCUCCGUGCUCCGAGACUGUUACCUGGAUCCUCAUCGACAGGGCUCUCAAUAUCACCUCCCUCCAGAUGCACUCCCUGAGGCUCCUGAGCCAGAACCCCCCAUCCCAGAUCUUCCAGAGCCUCAGCGGUAAUGGCCGGCCCCUGCAGCCCUUGGCCCACAGAGCCUUGAGGGGCAACAGGGACCCCCGGCACCCCGAGAGGCGCUGCCGAGGCCCCAACUAUCGCCUGCAUGGUAUGCUUCAUGUGUACUCUCCUCGAUACAGUCCGCAUUAUUCCAGGGCUAUCUGUGGGACACAUUCCUCAGUCCUUUCUCCUACUCCCCACCGAGACACCUGUUUUCCUUGUGGUACAAUUACAUACUCAUCCAUGCCCUCUGCCUACCAGCACUUUCCAAGAUGGUACGGUCCAAGUCACCUGUUUACAAAUGUGGACGGUGGUCCUCAUGGUCGCUGAGACCGCCCCCCCAACAGAGGAUUACUCCCGCCUGUUCUGAGCUUCCUCACGAGGAAAGGGGAGUCACCCUAAAACAAAGCUAUUAAAGGGACUGAAUGUGUCCAGCUUCUCGGUGGUUUGAUUUUCAGUCGCGAUUGAGAAAUAUCAGGGUAUUAAAAAAAAUCUUUCCUGAA